UUAAGAUAUACAAUUUUACAUAAAAAUGAAUAUUUGUACUUUUAUAUAUAGUACUUAGGAACUCUAAUGUUAAUAAAUAAGUUUAUGCAAAAAUGAUACUAACUUUUGUCUGAAAUUGGCUAUAUUUUGGGUGCAGAUCAGAUUGACAAAACUAUCAGUUACUAUUUCUUCGCCAUGGAAUUCAGGGCUUUAAUAUGUAGAGGCCGAAGGAAGAAGAUUGCUAUUCUUAUAUUUAUUUUAGUUUUUCUUAUAAACGCUAUGAUAUUCGUUAGCUUCGAACUAUAUAAUACGAUUAAAAGACGUCACAAAAGUCCAUGGUAUAAAAGAUUGCACUAUGACCAGAAUUCAUAUGUAGAUAAAAGUGGCAUGAGAGUUAUAGUGGGGCACUAUGUUGGUGGUAAUUCUGGAGGUAACUUAUCACAAGAAACAGUAAAUGCUAACAACUAUGCUCCAGUCCAAGGAGCAGGUGAAGGUGGGAGACCAGUCCAGCUUUCCCCAAGAGAAAUUAUAACAGCAAGAGAACUUUAUACACUGCAUUCGUAUAACAUAUUAGUUGGUGAUAGAAUCUUUAUUAAUAGAAGUCUUCCUGAUGUUCGAAGUGAGAGCUGUAAAGACGUGCAGUAUAACAUUGAAGAUCUACCAACAGCUAGUGUGAUAAUAGUGUUUCACAAUGAGGCCUGGUCCACUCUGAUGAGAACUGUGAUGUCAGUAAUAUUAAGGUCCCCUUCAAUGUUAUUGAAGCAGAUUAUUCUAGUAGAUGAUGCGAGUGAUAGGAAAUAUUUAGGUAAAGAAUUGGAAGAUGCUGUCGCGAAACUAGAAAACGUACAAAUUUUGCGCAGUACUCAGAGAAAAGGUCUCGUUGGUGCUAGGUUAAUGGGUGCAAGAUCUGCUGUUGGAGAUGUUUUAGUAUUCUUAGAUGCACAUUGUGAGGUUACCCCGGGAUGGUUAGAGCCAUUGCUAGAAAGAGCGGGCAGCGAUGACGUUUUCAUUUGCCCUCAUAUCGAUCUUCUAUCGGAGGAUACUUUUGCAUAUACGAAAAGUAUCGACGCCCACUGGGGUGCGUUCAGUUGGCGCUUACAUUUUCGUUGGCUAAUGCCGAGCACUGAGGUGAUGAAGCAAAAAGCAGAACAUCCCUCUAAACCCUACCCGUCGCCUGCGAUGGCCGGAGGUCUCUUUGCUGUCACAAAAAGUUUGUUUUGGAGAUUGGGCGGGUAUGAUGAGGGUAUGAUGAUUUGGGGCGCAGAAAAUUUAGAACUAUCCUGGAGAGCGUGGCAAUGCGGGGCCAGGGUCGAAAUAACGCCAUGUUCACGUGUCGGUCAUAUAUUUAGAAGACAUAGUCCUUACAAGUAUCCCGGUGGAGUAUCCAAAGUGUUGAAUUCUAAUUUAGCUCGAGCGGCGACCGUGUGGAUGGACGAAUGGGCGGAUUUCUUUUUCAAAUUCAAUCCAGCUGUCGCAGUAAUUCGAGAUGAGCAAAAUGUAGGGGACAGAGUACAGCUGCGCGAAGACUUGAAAUGUAAGAGCUUCGAAUGGUACUUGAUGAAUGUAUGGCCUCAACAUUUCUUUCCUACUAAGGACAGGUGGUUUGGCAGAAUUCGCAAUGACAAAGGUGGUUGUAUCGGGGUAAUAUCCAGUACACCAGGUCUAGGUGGGCCUGCCUCGAAAGUGCACUGCGGCAGUGACUUAGAUCUCGACAGUCUCGUAGUAUACACACCUGAAGGCAGAAUAAUGGCCGACGAAGGAUUAUGUUUAGAACAAGGAAAUGGUAGAGCUGUAUGGAAAGGUUGUAGUGAUAGUAGAAAACAAAUUUGGAAACAAAAAGGUCCGAGAUUGAAAACGAUGGAUGGUCUUUGUUUAACUUCUAUAAUAAAUAGCAGCUCUAAUGUAACAGAUAAUCCGUUAACUUCUAAGAAAUGUGUGAAAAGUGAUGAACAAAUAUGGCAUUUCGAAAGAGUUCCCUGGAGAUGAAAUAAUUUUAAAUAUCAUGGAACAUAUCAAAAGGUUGUAUUAGUGGUAAGGAACCAGUUUAUUGCUUUACAAUGAUUUGCAAUUCAUUAUAAUAAAAGUAGUUAUUUUUAGGUAACACUAUUAUAUAUUGACUACAAGACAAGGUACUAACUUUUUCCAUAUUUGUCAUAAGACUGCAGGUGUAAAGAAGUAUAUCAAUGUUAUAUUACCCACUUAUGAAAUGAAUCUAGAUCUAGACUGAUUUUAGUUUACAAUCUUUUUAUGUUUUGAACGUGAGUAAUUUAAUUUGUGUGUAUUAAAUAGUGCCGACCACAAUACUCGUAAUCAAAUUUGAAAAAUAUAGUACUUAAAAAAUAACCCA